AUGGUGCAACAUUGUCAAUUUUGUGUUCCAAAAUGCCAACAUAUAUCAUUACUUGGCGUGACUUCUACUCUUUACUCGGGAAUUCUUCAUAUUAAUUUUGAUACUGAAAACAUGAGAGAUAGGAUAUACAGCAAUAGAAGUGACAUCGACGCUGGAUUUGCUAGCACACGUAGACGCAAUUGUCCAGCUACUAAUCCCAACGGUAAUGGAAAUUUGGCACCGCUUGACCUGGUGACUCCUAAUUCCUUUGACAACAACUACUUCAAAAACCUGUUGCAAAAGAAACGUCUUAUCCAGUCGGAUCAAGUCUUGUUUAGCGGUGGAUCCACAGAUAACAUAGUCACCGAGUAUAGCAGGAACCAUUCAACUUUCAGUUCUGAUUUCGCAUCUGCCAUGAUCAAAAUGGGAGAUACCGAACCACUAACUAGUUCAGCUGGGAUAAUAAGGAGGCUUUGCAGCGCUGUCAACUAG